GAGGACCCAGGGAAGAUUUCGUACGGUGACGUCGGCGGGCUCACAGAACAGAUCAGGCAGAUGAGAGAGGUCAUUGAGCUGCCUUUGACGAAUCCAGAACUCUUCAAGCGAGUCGGUAUCAAAUCUCCGAAGGGGGUGCUCCUCUAUGGGCCCCCUGGCACCGGCAAAACUUUGCUGGCGCGCGCCAUGGCCCACAACAUGAUUGCCAGCUUCAUCAAGGUCGUCGCGUCUGCCAUUGUUGACAAGUACAUUGGCGAGUCAGCGCGGAUCAUUCGGGAAAUGUUUGGCUACGCAAAGGAGCACCAGCCCUGCAUCAUUUUCAUGGAUGAGAUCGACGCAAUUGGAGGGAAGCGAUUCUCUCAGGGCACUUCCGCUGACCGAGAAAUCCAGCGAACCUUGAUGGAGCUGUUGAACCAGCUCGAUGGAUUUGAUGACCUGGGCCGUGUGAAGAUCAUCAUGGCCACAAAUCGUCCAGACACGCUCGACCCAGCACUGCUGCGUCCCGGGCGCUUGGAUCGCAAGAUCGAAAUUCCGCUUCCCAACGAACAGGCCAGAAUCGAGAUUCUUAAGAUCCAUGCCAAUCCCAUCACAAAGCACGGUGACAUUGACUAUGAAGCCAUCGUGAAGCUCACUGACUGCUUCAACGCCGCUGAUAUGCGCAAUAUUUGCACUGAGGCAGGCAUGUUUGCUAUCAGAGCAGAGCGAGACUACGUCGUCGAGGAGGACUUCAUGAAGGCAGCCAGAAAGAUUGGGGACAACAAGAAGCUUGAGGGCAAGCUGGACUACGAAAAGAUAUAAUUUCCAGUCCUGGCCAGAGGUGCUAGGCAGCAACAGUCUCAAUUCUGAGCAGCGUGCAGCUCAGUCAGAAGAC